AUGCCGCAGGGCGCCAACGCCAGCCCGUCCUGGUUUGUCAAAGUCAUCAACCGUGUUGUACAUGGCUUGGACCGAGUGUUGGCGUAUCUGGACGAUGUCAUCUGUUUCGAUGAGGAGCCUCUGGGACACGUGCUCAACAUGAUCGAGUUCUUCAAACGAUUGCGCCAGAAUUUUCUCAAGAACCUCGCCACCAAGGUACGGCCCCUCAACGCCCUUCUCAAACAAGGUGUCCUCUUCAAGUACACCCCGAGCAUGAUCAAAGUUGUCAAGACGUUGUUGAGCGAACUCACGCGCCCUCCGAUUCUAGUUUUUUCUGAUCGGGCGGCGGUCGAAGACAACAGCCGCCCUCUCCGGUUAUGCUCUGACGCGUGUAUCGAUGGCUUCGGGGCCUCUGAAGAACAAGAACAGCUGGAUGGCUCCGUGCGCCCCAUCGUGUACAUCAGCCGUGCUACCCUCCCUGCGGAGCGCAACUGGACCGUUUUGGAUCUGGAGGCUGGUGGGAUUGUUUGGGCAAUCAAACGCCUUCGCGGCUAUCUGUGGUCGACCAAGUUCGUCAUCUACUCGGACCACAAAGCCUUAGAGAGCAUCGGCAAGGUGGGGGAACACAANUCUGGAGGCUGUUGGAGUUGUUUGGGCAAUCAAACGCCUUCGCGGCUAUCCGUGGUCGACCAACCUUCCGACUUUGGAGACUUUCGUCGACACGCCCCACGGAUGAUGGACGUCUCACCACCUUCGUCGUCUACUUGCACGGAUCAUCAGCGACCUUCGGGUGUCUUCGCAGUUUCCGGACUUGCCGGCUCUGCCCCGCGGCUGCCCUCUGUCGCAUCUCGUUUGGUGCCCUCUGUUGCAUCCUCAGCGAACAAAUAUGUGCACGUCUUGUCCUCGCUUCCGGAGCGUGGACCACUCAUCUCCUCACGGACUCGGGCCAAGACUACCACUGCUUCCGGUGGUACCGUCACCGACCCAGCUUACUUCGGACGUCAACCGCGGGCUACCAUCGUUCCUCGAACGCCGUCGCCUGUCCGUCGCUCUAACAGGUUUCGUACAAAAACCAAGACCACCCGGGUCACCGCGCAUUCGCCGCGUCCAUCCGCGACGCUCGCGUCGGCAUCUUCGUCGACUGUUUCCGCGCCACCGGCACCUUCGUCAUCAUCACCGUCUUCAGCGUGCUCUGUUUCGCCGGUUUCGCCUUCUUCACAGGUGUCACCCACGUUUUCGUCUCCCGCGGCGCCGUCGUCGCGCGUGGAGGUUGCGGCUGCUUCUGCAGCCGGCACAUCAUCUUCUGCCGCUCCUUCCGCCGGAUCGCCUGAUUCUCUUUUGGAAUCACUCGCCUUAGACACUGCUCAUCUGCGGGACUGCGUCCAGAGUUUUAGAGCUGUGGAUUGGGCUCGGGAACAGCAACAAGAAAGCGAAUGUGUGGCGGCCAUGCGUUUUCUUUCCCGUGGCUCUCCCUCCCCACCUCCCCCUGAUUUGCUGACCCUCGAUGCCCCGCUUCGUUCUCCCCGAUUAGACGACGUGUUGGCGCUGGCGGCGAAGACCAGGUUGCACACGACCGACGACAACGUCACUCUUCUCGUGCACAAAUCAGCGCCGUCGCCGGUUGGACGCUCUGGGGGUAGGACCACUCGCUUGCCGAAUACUGGAGUCCCUCGUGUAUACGUGCCGAUGCUCAUGCGUCCGUGGGUUUUGCGUGCUUGCCAUACCCACGCGUUCUUCCAUUUGGGUGUUCACCGUACACAGCGGCUGCUCGAACGUUUUUACUGGUGGAUUGGUGUGGAUCGCUCCGUGCGCUGGUGGCUCCGAUCGUGUCUGGUGUGUCAAGCCCGCAAGACUUCACGCCAAACUGCUCGGUGGCCCAUCAUCGCUAUGCCGCUGCCGCAAGGGCCUGGAACUGUCGUCGGCGUCGACUUCUUUGGGCCUCUGCCAUUGACUGCCAAGGGCAACUCUUACAUCUUGCUGUUCACCGACCGCUUCAGCCGGAGAGCCGACAUGUUCGCUGUCACAGCCGCUGAAUUUACGGCCAAGGGAACGGCCAACAUCUUCGUCAACCAGUACAUGACCAAGUGGGGAUGCCCGACUACGCUGUUGUCGGACAACGGACUUCAUUUUUGUUCGAAGCUCUCCAUGGCUAUCUACGAGGUGAUGAAAAUCAAGAAGGUCACCACCAGCUCCUACCACCCGCAGACCAACGGGGGCACGGAGCGCGUCAACCACACGAUGGCCCAAAUGCUUGCCGUUGCGGUCAACGAACAGCAAAACGACUGGGAUGUGCAUCUCCCACACGUUGAGUUCGCCUACAACAAUUCUGUGAACCAGUCUACUGGGUUGGCGUCCAACGAGAUCCACAUGGGACGUAUCCCGCGACUUCCGCUUUCGGUCUUCGAUCAUCCCUCAGUCGGUGGUCAUCAAAGCUUGGACCGUGAUCAACUCGAGUAUUGCAACCUGGCAGUAGAUCGGCAACGCCGAGCGUACGACCUGGUCCGAGAGUACAACGCUCUGAAAAUUUCGAGAGUCGAACGCCGCAAUUCAUCCAUGCUGGACGCCAUCAACAAGAUUCCGAAGUUUACUGUUGGAGCGUGGGCUUGGGUGUACAACACGGCUGCUACGAUUCGCCAAGGUGCGCGCAAGGACACCGAUCAACAGGUGCUCAAGGCCAAGUUCGCGCUCUCCUGGACGGGACCCUACAAAGUACUUGCUGUGGGGCCAGCCUCUGCGAAAGACACCCCGGACGGACACCCAUUGGCUCACAAACUGCUCUACCUUGACCUUCCUUCUGAUCUUUCGGGCCCAGCAGCUCGUUCGAGGGUGUCUGUUCUUCGUUGCAAGCCCUGCCGCAACCCGUAUGAGACGGACGAUCGGCCACAGUCCAUGCCUGCAGAACUCUCUCGCUAUGUUUUGCAUUCUUUCGGAGAUAAAUGUCCGCCGUUUCAUGUCACCCCAGAUGAUGUGUCGGCGCCGGUGGGACGUCUGAAGGUUGACUACAUUUCGGGACACCAGCUGGUGCGUGGGCGUAGUGGCGUCCUCGCUGUCCUGUAUCACACGCAUUGGAUUGGGCUUGCUACUCCAUCCUGGGAACGUGAAUCCGACCUCGAGCAAUCCCGUCGACACAUCCUUUUGUAUUGGUCUCGGGAAAUUAGCCAAAGCAAGCAGGGUAACCGCGCUUACCGCAACACUCGGACGCGCGCGGCACAGCGGGAGCUCGCACGGACUCGUGGAGAACGUUAUCUGCCCCCGGGAGCCGAUCUUGUACUUCACGAGACUUGGCUUCGCCGUUUCAGUUCUUCGCCCUUACCCGUGGGAGCGAGGCUGUGGUACAAGGCUCGAGACAGAUUAUGGUGGACGGGACGUAUCGGGGCUCAUCAGGGCGACUCCUAUUGUUCGGUUCCUCGAUGAUACUGGCCCCAGCGUUCUUCCUCUGCCUGAGGAUCUCUAUUCCACCGCCUUAAACGCCGUCUGUGGAUCCUGGUGUCUGGAGAAACAUCGUUCCCGCCCUUUGGGCGACAUCAGCGUCCGCAUCCGUCUUCCCGCUGACUCCUUACCGUCAGCCGUCCCCACGGUCGCUUCUUAGUGUUUGGCAUUUCAGCGCCUUGCGGGGACACUUCCCAUUUUUUUUAUGUUUUGUGUGUUUUGUUUUGUUUUAUGCCUUCCUUUUCAUUGGCGAUUUGAUUUUCUCAGAUCUUGCGUCUUGUUUUCUCUUGCUCCGUUUUUUUAUUUUUUGCGUUUGUUUUGUCUUCCUAGUUCUGCUCACUUCUGUUUGACAAACUGAGACCGAAAAGAAAAGAAAAGAAAAGAAAAGAAAAGAAAAGAAAAGAAAUGACCUGCCAAAAGCGCAAACCCGGUCCUCGGUUCCCAGUGUUCUG